UGGCUGCAUGUUCUCAAACUCACAUAUACGCCUCGGGACAACGCAUUGCCUCCUCGUUCCACUUUGUAAGACUGUAUCGUAUCUUCUGCUCACAAGCAAGCAGCAGUAGUCCAUCGCCGGUACUUGGGGCCAAGACAGGCUGGUCUUGUUGGCAUGGCUCACUCUAAUGUGUCCAGCUGUGUGCUGUCAAUCGUAGCCUCGUUUUCGAACAGCCUUGACUUGUUCAGACAGCUCAAGGAAAAGCGGAGACGGGGGAAGCGGACGAAGAACGUGGCAAAGCUUGAAGAGAAUGAGCUUCGACUUGGCAAAUCGCUCAGGCAAGGCCCGGAAGACAUUGGACGAGAGUAUCAGAAGAGUGUCCAAGCCGCUGGGGAUCAGUUCGUUUUCGGUGAUGCUAUUGCACAUACUUCGCUGGCCGAGAUCCUGCUCAACAUGAACACAGGCCUAGUGGGCAUCAUCACCUCCUUUCUGCAGGACAGAAAGAGCGUCAAAGUGGACUACCACUCGCUCACCAGCCUAUCCGAGCGCUCGCGCAUCGACACCUGCCGUGCCUUGCAGCAACUGUAUAGGCGGAUCUUACAGUCAAGGCCAGCAGCACUUAGCUACUCCAGCCUCCCACUGCCGCAGAUUGCUUGGCAGACCAGGUCAAGGGCCGACUCUGCAGGCGACAAAAGACAGGAUAGCCGGCCAGCGCAGCCUGUGAAGUCGAACAAACUCCACCGACCGACCAUUGCCCGCAUCACGAUCGAAAACUCUUCGAAGCCGUCGCAAAUUGCUCUUGUAAAGCCAGCAGAGCGUCGGAAACGAGCUGGCUCUAGUCGAACGUCAUCAAAGGCAGAGUCAAUGGCAAGCGGCAGCAGCACACCUUCACCCUCUCCACCACCGUAUGAGACGAUCUGCACGUCAGAUGCCAGGGCCGCCCGCCCACAUGCUACUCAUUGGAACUCGAUGCCUGAUGUCCCAAAGCCUCGACACAUGCGAUCCGCUGCUCCAGUCCGAGGGUCUCCAGUGCCACAGCAAUCGGAAGCUCUACGGUCCACGAAGUCCACCUCCCAGCUCGACGCUCGAUCUGCAUACAAGCCAACACCUGGCGAGCUGGAUGUCCCACCAUUACCCAGCCUACCGCUUACCGAGAUCUAUCAACGGAGCCGUAAGCCGACGCCGACUUACUACUCGAUAACAUCAGAAGGCACCAAGCUUGGCGAGAUCCCGUUGCACAAAUGGCCGACACCGUUUGACUUUGACGCCAUGAGCGUGAUGAACCACGAAGCUGAGGGCAAUGGUUGGCCCGUCAAUCAAGCGGGCAGUUCUCCUCCGAGAAGGAAAGGGUUCGGACUGUUCCGGUUUUUCUGGAAGUGAUAGAGAUUCAGCGCCGUAGUACACUGGCUACUAACUUACAUCAUGGCCUGCACGACGCUAUGACGAACGAUCACGAACUGCACGUAAGAAGCGCGGCGUUGAGCGUCUGUCGCAGU